CCCAUACCCAGCAGUCGAGUUCCUCGUUGACCAAGUUGCCUGACGCAACUGGUCUCGUUACGGCGGCUUAUGCUCGAAAUGCGGAGGAGGACCAGGUACGUGACACCGGAGCCAGAAGAGAACGGGCGCUCAGGCACUUGCACUCAUCCAGUAGCAGCAAUAUCGGCUGCCCUGAUUGAACGCGCUCAGCCGCCGGUCUGCUGAAAAUCUGAUUAGCCACUGGCACUGCCGCGAAUGCUUGAACCCUGAAAGUCAGAAAGUCUAGAGUGCUUCUCCAAAGCUUCUAGGGAGCUUGACGAAAGCCAUUUACGUAACCGGGGAGCUGUCACACCCGCACCACACGAGAGAACGAGAUCGCCACCAACAUCAUGGGCAGCAGGGUCAAAGCCAAAGCGGAAGCUGAUGUUGCACUGCGUAUUGCAUGGGUGAGAUCUGCCCACCACUGGCACCGUCUGAGCGGACGAGCUGUGAGGUGUGAGGUGCCAAUGGUUAUCGGCGACCGAUGGUUGGCUUGAAGAAGCGAGAAGGUUGUCUGCCUUCUCCCUUGGUUGCUAUCGACCAGGAACUUCGUUGGCUGCGCUCGCCGCUUCCCCCACACAAUCGAACUGAACUGCCUGUGCAACGCAACUUGAACACUGGCACUGGCAGAUACAGAACAGGCUUGAAGUGAUCCCCGAACACCGACUCCAGUCGAUUGGGUCUUUGAUAACGAGACACCGUCACUGCCAUGCCAUCCUGCUCCCUUUUCGCGAGAGACGCCUCUCCCCUCUCAGCCAGUAUACGAAGCGAUCUGAUGAUCUUCUUAUCGCUCUCGAUCCCUGUUGCCUGACCAGUGCUCAUUGCGCCUCUCAUGGCUUGUCUUCGCCUCCGUUCACCCUGUGCAGGGAAGAGCUCCGUCUACGGUGUCAUCGUAUCUCCCUUUGCCCUUCCCCAAUCACAACCUUGCGUGACUGCGCGGACAACUGAACUAUAAUUCCCUUGCGGUGGUGUGUCAGUUGCAGGUCUAAGUGAUGCAGUGGGCUUAAAGGUCGGCCCCAAUCAAGUACAUGUAGGAAGGUACUCGCUGUUUGUCUGUUUGCUACCCCAAAACUUGACGCAUUCUGUCUACUGCACCUGCUUCUCGAACACUGCAUUGCCAUACACGGUCCUCUCGGCCUUCGUUUGAUUUGGCUCAAUAUGGCUCAUUUAGACGACGAAAAGCAUGUGGCGCCUGAUGAAGGCUCUCCAGGACCGCAUGAAAUCGGGCGCGAUAUUGAUCCUGAGAAGCUCAAUGACCCCAAGAUGCAGAAGCUGGCAGGCGAGAUCACAUACGCGGAUGAGAUGGAUCCGGUGAACAAACAGCAUAAUCCGUUGGCUCAAAAGCUACGGUCUCGACACAUGCAAAUGAUUGCAAUCGGUGGCUCUAUCGGCGCAGGUCUCUUUGUCGGAUCCGGCGGCGCUCUGCGCACCGGUGGCCCUGGCAGUGUGCUGCUGGGCUUCAUGAUCGUUGGGUUCAUGUUACUCUGCACGAUGCAGGCACUCGGCGAACUGACGGUCCUGUUCCCGGUCAACGGUGCCUUUUACACCUAUAUAGUUCGGUUCGUCGAUCCCGCUCUCGGAUUCGCGGUCGGAUGGGACUAUGCAAUAGGCUGGUUGACCGUGUUGCCAUUCGAGCUGACGGCUGCAUCCAUUACCAUCCAAUUCUGGCGAACCGACAUCCACGUCAGUGUCUGGAUCACGGUGUUUCUAGUGUUUCUCUGCAUCGUCCAAGUCUUUGGAGUCCGAGGGUAUGGAGAAGUUGAGUUUGUGCUGGCCAUGAUCAAAAUCAUAGCUUGUAUCGGAUUCAUUAUCUUUGGCAUUGUCGUCGACUGUGGUGGUGUACCGACCGACCAUCGCGGAUAUAUUGGGGCCCAUUACUGGCAUGAUCCGGGCGCGUUCCAGAAUGGAUUCAAAGGGUUUUGCACUGUCUUUGUGACAGCCGCAUUCGCCUUUGGCGGUACCGAGCUCGUCGGAUUGGCCGCUGCAGAAGCCGAAGAUCCUCACCGGUCUCUGCCCAAGGCUACGCGACAGGUGUUUUGGCGCAUCGCCACCUUCUACGUCCUUUCGCUGUUCAUUGUCGGCCUGAUCGUGCCGUCCAACAGUCCCGAUCUGCUAGGUGCCAGUGGCGCCAACACCAAAGCGUCGCCUUUCGUCCUGGCCAUCAAAUAUGCCGGUGUCAAGGGGUUGCCGUCCGUGUUCAAUGCAGUCAUUACCAUUUCCGUCAUUUCCGUUGCCAACAGUUGCACAUACGGCUCGUCUCGAACCAUGCAAGCUCUUGCCGCACGCGGUAUGGGACCCAGGUUCUUCAUGUACGUCGACAAAAAGGGUCGUCCGGUCUGGUGUAUUGUGGUACAAUUGCUGUUCGGGUGUCUCGCAUAUAUUGGCGAAGCCCAUGCCUCGGGCACCAUCUUUACUUGGUUGCUGGCUUUAUCCGGCCUGAGCUUUUUCUUUCUAUGGUUUAGCAUCAAUCUGUCACAUAUUCGAUUCCGACAUGGAUGGUACGCCCACGGAUUCACAAAGCACCAAUUACCCUACCAAGCGGCCUUUGGCAUUGUCGGCUCGUAUCUCGGCGUCUUUCUCAACGGCAUCGCCAUCAUCGCCACCUUCUACACUUCGCUGUUUCCCCUCGGCUCGAGUCCCACCGCCAAAGUCUUUUUUGAGAACUUUUUGGCCGGUCCCGUCGUCAUUGCCCUGUACAUUUUCUGGAAAAUCUAUUCUCGCCAGUGGAAAUUGUUUGUGCGUGCUUCCGAGAUGGACGUCACCACGGGUGUGAGGAGGGGAAGUCUGGAAAUCGCUGCAGAAAGGGGGAGGAGUGGGUGGAAGAAGGCUUUGCGUGUGUUUAUUUGAUAAGGUGCCUAGGUUAGGUAGUCUCAUCUGUUCUCACUGGCAGCUGCUGUGGUGAUGGCUUUCUACUGGUACUGUGAUGUGCUGCAGUGGCAGUGUGCUUGUGUCUGGACCGACCCACAUGGCGUGUGAAAGGUACAUGUAGGUAAUCAAUGAGACCAGGUACCGAGUUUUUGUUGACUGUAACCGUUCAUCUGACAGUGAAUUUCAUAUCAUCAAAUAUCAUUGUAUAAUUCCCAUCACUAAGGUACAGUUCCCGUGCAGUGACUCCAUCUGCCCUACAACUUUUUUUCGUAGGAUAAAUUACAGAGAAUGUAGACAAGCAGAGAGAGCAGAGAGAGCAGAGAGAGCAGA